GGGCCGGAGACUACACCCUAGCGCGGUUACCGCAGUUCGGUCUUGCGGAGAGGCGGCCGAGGCGCGGGCGCGCAGCUCAUUGGACCUCGGCCCUGUCGUUCCCGGGGCGCUGCGUGCGGAUUGGCCGACGGGGCCUGAGGACGUUGGCCGAGUUCGGCGGGCCGACGCUGGGGCGGACUUCGGGGGGCGCUUCAGACAGUCGGGGUCGUUAAAGUUUUUCAGCCCCGGCUGGGUUGGCCGGGCCCUGCCGAACCCGGCCGCUCGCAGGCCCGGUGUCCCUUUUGGAAGACGCCACAAAAUGGCGGCGCCGAGAGGCGGAGCUAUGACGGGAGCUCGUGGGGCACGGGGUCUAUGGCCUGGACCGAGACGGGACCGCUGCCUCUUCCAGGGCUGUCGUGCCUGCCUGUCUGGGAACCUGCGGGAUUGGCUGGGGCCUCCGUGCGGCACAGGAGGCCUGGGACGCUGGUCCCGAAGGCCGUGUGGGCUGCGCAGAUUCCGACCCCUUGCCGCCAGCCGGGCGGUGCAGAGCAGCAGGACCUAGUGCCGCCUCCUCACUGGGCGCCUGUCGCGGACCUGGCUCAAGCACAUCUGGGACAAGAUACUGAGGGUUAUGGGGCGUGGAGUGCUGGACCUACAAACACCCAGGGUACAUAUGGAACUGGUGUGGCCAGCUGGCAAGGUUAUGAAAACUACAAUUACUAUGGUGCCCAGAACACCAGCGUCACCACGGGAGCAACUUACAGCUACGGCCCAGCCUCAUGGGAGGCCACCAAGGCCAGUGACGGCCUGGCGCCUGGGGGCCCUGCCAUGCACAUGGCUGCUUACGGCCCAGAACCAUGCACUGACAGUUCUGACUCCCUCAUCGCCAAGAUCAACCAGCGUUUGGACAUGAUGUCCAAGGAAGGAGGAAGGGGCGGGAGCAGCAGCGGUGGGGAGGGCGUGCAGGACCGGGAGAGCUCCUUUCGCUUCCAGUCGUUUGAGUCCUAUGAUUCCAGGCCUUGCCUGCCUGAGCACAAUCCCUACCGCCCCAGCUACAGCUACGACUAUGACUUUGACCUGGGGCCCAACCGCAAUGGUGGCUUUGGUGGUCAGUACAGUGACUGCCGGGACCCAACCCGUGAGCGGGGCUCCCUCGAUGGCUUCAUGCGGGGUCGCGGCCAGGGCCGCUUCCAGGACCGGAGCAACCCCAGCACAUUUAUGCGCGGUGACCCCUUCAUGACACCUGCAGCCGCCUCUGAGCCUCUUUCUACUCCGUGGACAGAGAUGAACUAUGUGGGUGGGCGGGGCCUUGGAGGCCCCUCCCCCAGCAGGCCCCCACCUUCCCUCUUUUCCCAGUCCAUGGCCCCUGACUUUGGCAUGAUGGGCAUGCAGGGGGCAGGUGGUUAUGACAACUCUGUGCCCUACGGAUGUGGCCGGUCACAGACCCGGAUAAGAGAUCAGCCUCGGCGGAGAGGGUUCAAUCGCUGUGGCCCAGAAAGCUUGGGCAGGAAACGGAAGCAGCUGCAGAUUUAUGACGAGCCUGACACCAAACAAGCUCGAGCUGACAGUGAAGGAGAUUUUUCUGAAAACGAUGAUGGAGCUGGUGACUUCCGAUCAGGAGAUGAAGAAUUCAGGGGUGAGGACGAAUCCUUUGACUCCGGGAGACAGAGAGGAGAGAAGGACGAUGAAGAUGAUGAAGUGAAGAAGAGAAGGGAAAAGCAGAGGAGGAGAGACAGGAUGCGAGACCGAGCAGCUGACAGGAUUCAGUUUGCCUGUUCCGUGUGCAAGUUCCGUAGCUUUGAAGAUGAAGAAAUCCAGAAGCAUUUGCAAAGCAAGUUUCACAAAGAGACACUGCGCUUUAUAAGUACCAAGCUGCCUGACAAGACGGUGGAAUUCCUCCAGGAAUACAUUAUAAACAGGAAUAAGAAAAUUGAGAAACGGCGGCAGGAACUGAUGGAGAAGGAAAGUACAAAACCAAAACCAGAUCCUUUCAAAGGGAUUGGCCAGGAGCACUUCUUCAAGAAAAUAGAGGCUGCUCACUGCCUGGCCUGUGACAUGCUGAUCCCGGCGCAGCCCCAGCUCCUCCAGCGGCACCUGCACUCUGUCGACCACAAUCACAAUCGCCGGUUGGCUGCUGAACAGUUCAAGAAAACAAGUCUCCAUGUGGCUAAGAGUGUUUUGAACAACAGACAUAUAGUGAAGAUGCUGGAAAAAUACCUCAAGGGUGAAGACCCUUUCACCAGUGAAGCUGGUGAUGCAGAAAUAGAAGGAGAUGAGCCUUUAGGAGGUGAGGAUAAGGAGGAGACCCCUGAGGAGGUGGUGGCCCAGGUCUUGGCUGAGGUGGUUACGGCAGCAGUGAGGGCGGUGGAUGGCGAGGAAGCUCCUGCUCCAGAAAGUGGGGAGAUGCCAGCCGAACGGGACGGCCCCACAGACACGGCCGGAGCCACCAGUAGUCCCCAUCCCGAAGCAGAGACUCCCUGCAGAGUGGCGCCCGGGAAGGGCAGCACUGACGCAGAAGCUGCAGGUGAAGCUGCAGAGGCUGGAGUCGAAGUGGAGGCCAUGGCGGCAGAGUCAGAAAGCACCGUGACAGCCACAGCUGCUGCAGAAGCCACAGUGGAACAGACUGAUGCAGAGUCCAAAGAUGCUGUUCCCACAGAAUGAUCCUUCUUUCCCUGUUUCAAGGGAUAUGUUAUAUAAUGCAUAUUCUCUCUCCUUUGGUUUGUAAGUAGUACUAGGGUAUGUGAUACUGGAAUAUUAUUUUGGCGAAGAGACACAGCCAUUUCCUUCAAAAAAGUGUACCUCACAGGCUUGUCUCACAGAGUCGUGUGGCUUUCUGCCUUGGUGUGAAGGCUGUAAAAGUUGUACAUUCCCCCAAGUGGCUGUGACAUCUCUCUUUACAUGAUAGUUGGAAUAAUAAAAGUUGGAUAAUUAGACCUUGCUGAUACUUUGCUUGUUAAAUACAGCCACUGGCUGAAUGCACCCCUUUUUAUUUUUUGGUCUGGGGGCAGUUCGAUACUAGGAUGUAUCUUGCUUUAUAGAGCUUUUACUGUUUUUGUUAAAGUUUCAAGAAUUUACUUGGGCUUCGGUUUUUAAUCUCUGCUUUUGUGGUGCACUGUGUGGUGUGUGGUCCUCCUUCACAAGAGGCAGCAGAAUCUUGGUAACGUGGUUUGAUUCUGUCACGUCAGUGAAUUCUCAAAGGCCUGGAGAAUUCACGUGAACCACUGGAAGCACACCUACUUACCCUCAAGAAUGAGGAUAUUUUGCCUGGGGCAUUGUUUCCCAACUUUUAGUCCUUGUGAAUCACCUUUGCAAUGUUUUACCUCAUUUGUGACCCACCUCUGCAUUACUUCAGGGUUUCUUGUUUUUCUUUAAAUUGAGUUACUUUUACUUAAAUAUAUUUAAAAAGAAAAUUUGAUGUCUUGUGAAUGGAAAAUCAAUAUAAAUUGCCAUAGAGAUACCUAUCUGUGGAAAAUGAAUAAACAUUUUAUUUUAGAUAAAUAUUCCUUGGGAAGUUUCUGAAUCUGUAAGAAAGAAAAGCUAGCAUGUCUUGAAGGUUAGUAAGCAACAGUUACACUUUCAUGUAAUCAAAAGAACUGGAAGAUAACCGCCCUUUUGAAAUGGUACUGCUGGGUCUGUUUUCCUGUAAGCCUUUGAGCUGUCGCACUUAGGAAGGCACUGGCCAGCGGGACGUUAUUAGAAAAGAGGUGAUAGAAAAGAGAGCACCUGUUGUGUACCAGGUGCUGAUUCAUGACAAAACUUAGAUGUGUGCACUGCUCUCAAGGAGCCUUAUUGGAGACGUGAGAUGGGUAUUUAUGAAAAAGUCAAAUGGUAGAACUAAGAACAAAUAAACUGCUUAGUAAGCAAGAAA